AUGAUUAUUUUAAUUACUACAAUAAGUCUAUUAUUUGUUUUUUUUACAAAAAAUUUAAAAAAUUUGGUAUGUUGGUGGAAUGAAAGAAAAAGAAGAAUUGAAUUAGGUGAAAAGAUACCUGGACCCAAAACUAUUCCAAUAUUUGGGAAUAUGUUUCUAUUUAUGAAAGCACCACAUGAAAUGAAAAAAAAAUUUGAUGAAGAAAAUAGUAUUGGUUUUAAAAAUAAUGACCCACUUAGAAGAUAUUGGAUUGGUAAUAAAUUACUAGUUUAUUUAUUAAAAAGUGAUGCAGCCAAAGUUAUAUUUGAUAGUAACAUUGAAAUAUCAAAAGGAUCAAUGUAUGAAUUUUUUUCUGAUUUAUUAGGAGAAGGUUUAAUUACAUCAGAUGGAGAAAAAUGGAAAGAAAGAAGAAAAUUAAUAACUCCAACUUUUCACUUCAAUAUGUUAAAAACUUAUUUAAAUAUUUUUAAUAAUGAAUCAAAAAUUAUGGUUAAAAAUAUUGAAAAUUUUGCUUCUAACAAGGAAGAAGUAGAUGUUAUUAAUUAUAGUAAAAAACUUACAUUAGAUAUUAUAUGUGAAGCAGCAAUGGGUGUAAAAUUAAAUGCACAAAAUGAUUCAAAAAACUUUUAUUUGGAAGCAUCACACAAUUUGACUGAACUUUUUCUCAAUUUUUUUGUAAAUUCUUUUAAUAGAUUUUCACUUUUUUAUAAUUUAUUUGGAGAUGGAAUUGAAAAAAAUAGAAAUAUUAAAAUAAUGAAUAAAUUUACUAAUAAUGUUAUUAAACAAAAAAGUAUUGAAUUUAUGAAAAAUAAUAAUUUACCUAAAGAUAAUACAUUCUUAAGUAAUCUUUUAAUAUUGAAAAAUGAAAAAAAUUUAAGUGAUGAAGAUAUAAGAGAAGAAGUUAAUACAUUUAUGUUUGCUGGUCAUGAUACAACAGCUACACUUAUUUCAUUUUUAUGGUGGGCAUUAGCUUGCCACCAAGAUAUACAAGAAAAUGUUUACCAAGAAAUUUAUUCUAUAUUUGGUAAAGAAGAAAGAGAUGUAGAACCAGAAGAUUUACCAAAACUUGAUUAUUUAGAUAUGGUAAUUAAAGAAACAUUAAGAAUGUAUAUAAUAAUUCCUUUAUAUGGUAGAUUAUUAAAAAAUGAAAUAAAAGUUUGUGAUUACAUAAUACCAAAAGGAACUGAUAUUAUUUUUUGUUCAAUGCAUACUAACUUUAAUCCUAAGAUAUUUCCAAAUCCUCAUAAAUUUGAUCCUUGUAGAUUUUUACCUGAAAAUUCAACAAAAAGAAGUCCUUAUGAUUUUACUCCAUUUAGUGCAGGACCCAGAAAUUGUAUUGGACAAAAAUUUGCCUUAAACGAGGUAAAAACAGUUAUGAUAUGGUUAUUAAGAUCUUUUAAAUUAACAACAAAAAAAAAUGAAAAUUUUAUUAAUCAUUCUUCUAUUAUAUUUCAAAAAAAUAAAACCAUACCUGUUAUCUUUGAAAAAAGAAUAUAA